CGUCAAAACAUAAACAGAGCAGUCAACCUUGUGUGCACGCAGUUGGCUUGCUUUGUAGUCUGUCUUUUACUAAAAAGCUUCAUGCACGCGUUCCUAAUGUCGUGUAUUUACGGAGGAAGGAUCUCCAGCCCGGGCACUUAAGUUUGCACAUGUGCUAAGCAGGCAGGUGGAGAACAAUAAAUCUGCAAUAAAGAUCAGGACUAAACUAAGAAGUACGCCUCGUCGGGCCUUCGAGUAGAGGUUCUCCCUCAGGUCGACGCAGGACAAAGGAGACAGAAUGGCUGAGGCUGACUGCAAAUCCACUGCGCUAAACGGUGGCUCUGAAGAAAAAGAAGCAGAAGAAGAUCAACACAAUGAGACAGAUGCCUCUUGCAGCAAAGAGGGACCAACACAGUCUUCUUCUCAAGAUGCUCUCAAAGACAUAGGAGAGGCAUCUGGAGACAAGCCAAUGCCAGAUGUGGAUGGAGAGAUGCGGGCAAACAGAGAGGGAGAGGAGGAAGAAGACACAGACAGCAUGGAUGGCAGCGGUCUUUACUCCCUCACUGAGGAUGGUGAAAAAGAGAGUGAGGGAGGCAGACGGGAGAGAGCAAGGGAUAAAGAUGGCGGUAAAAGGGCUGCUAGAAAGAGGAAUAGACCUGGCGGCGGCGGCGGCGGCACCAAUCAAUCCAGCAGCUCAGAUGAGGAUGACGACGAGGACGACGAUGACGAAGAAGAACAGAAAGAUGAUGAUGAAGACGACAAUGAGGCUAUGGAGGCCUGGUUGGGAGCUGAGCUGUGUGACCUGCGUGGCCCUACAUGGCGGGCGAUACCCUCACUGCGCUCGAGGGAGAUCGGCAGGAACUCACAGCAGUUUGUGAGGCGCGUGUGUGGAGCCCGCGGCCUGGUGCAGAGGCUGGAGCUCCAGGGCCGACUGGAGAGGCACACGGGCUGCGUCAACACGUUGCACUUCAACCCCUCGGGCACACGCCUGGCCUCAGGCAGCGAUGACCUGCGAGUGGUGAUCUGGGACUGGGCCGUCCGCCGUGCUGAGCUGGAGUUUGACAGUGGCCACAAGAGCAACGUGUUUCAGGCAAAGUUCCUGCCUCACAGUGGAGACUCCACCUUGGCCAUGUGUGCUCGAGAUGGUCAGAUCAGAGUGGCUGAGCUCUCUGCCACACAGCGCUGCAAGAACACCAAGCGGGUCGCACAGCACAAAGGGGCUGCACACAAGCUGGCCCUUGAGCCAGAUUCCCCCUGCUCCUUUCUGUCCGCUGGAGAGGAUGCUGUGGUGUUUGGUAUUGAUCUGCGUCUGGACCGUCCUGCCAAUAAACUGGUGGUUGUAAAAGAGGGUGAUAAAAAGGUGGGACUUUACACCAUCUAUGUCAACCCAGCAAAGACCCAACAAUUUGCUGUGGGCGGAAGAGACCAGUAUGUGAGGAUCUAUGACCAGAGGAAGAUCAAUGAGAAUGAUAACAAUGGUGUGCUGAAAAAGUUUUGUCCUUCACAUCUGGUAUCCAGUGAGUCCAAAACCAACAUAACCUGCCUUGUGUACAGUCACGAUGGCUCAGAGCUCCUGGUCAGUUACAAUGAUGAGGACAUCUACCUGUUUGACUCGAACCACAGUGAUGGGGCAGACUAUCGCAGGAGAUACAAGGGACACCGCAAUAAUGCAACAGUGAAGGGGGUGAACUUCUACGGGCCAUGCAGUGAGUUUGUGGUCAGUGGAAGUGACUGUGGACACAUCUAUCUGUGGGACAAGUACUCUGCUCGAAUCGUCCAAUUCAUGGAGGGAGACAGGGGAGGAGUGGUGAACUGUUUGGAGCCGCAUCCCCAUCUUCCAGGUAUGGCCACCAGUGGGCUGGACCACGACAUCAAACUUUGGGCCCCAACAGCUGAAAGCCCCACAGGACUCAAGGGCCUUAAAGAGGUGAUGAAGAAAAACAAGCGGGACCGCGAUGAAGACAGUGUGCGCCACGGCGACCAGUACGACACCCAGCUGCUGUGGUUCCUAAUGAGACACAUGAGGAACAGACGGCCUCAGAGGACCCGUCAUGAGGGUGCGGACACGGACACAGAUGAGUCCUGGAGCUCUCCAGAUUCCUCUGAUGAAGAGGAAGGAGGUCCAGACCACGUCCAGUGCAUGUCCUCCUGAGCCACACGUACAUACAUAGACACACAAACAUGCAUACAUACCUAUACAUAAACUUUAAUGCCCUUGAAUUGAUGCACAUAGGCAAGCACUCUCAGCACACUGGCACACUGAUGAGCCACAGACUUGUUUUUGUUUUCUUUCCACACACGUACAUACUCAGAUAAAACGCACACUAAAUUAAACAUACUUUUGAAGCAGAGUGACAGAGCUUAACUCCUGGUUUUCCAUCAGUUUUGAGUGUGCGAAUGACUAUUUCACCCUGCAUACACACUUGUAGAAUCCUGAUUUCUGAGAAUUGUACAAAGAGGUUUAGUGAGUGCUUACAUCCCUAUAAAACCACUCGGAGGCCCCUGCUUGUCCAUACAUUAUCUAUAUGCUCUGUCUAGCUCCAGAACAAUGUACCGCGUUUGUAUGGCAACAAGCACCUCCUCUCUAGGCACCCUAUAGGAAGAAAUACAUCACCAGCACACAAUACGCCCCUCUCUUACUGACACACCUCUUGAGCUCUCUGUGCUGAUGAGGGGAGUAAGAGCUUAGAAUCAUAGCAUCAAACCAUCCCCUAAAUGUGACUCCCUUUAAGAUUUGAACUCAUAGAGGGAAACCCCAGAGUCCCUUCCCUGCAUCGCCCCAGUCUCAUUCUGAUUUCUUGCCCUGAUCUUGUGCAGCUAGUUGCAUUUUUCACACGCUUUCGCUCCGAGGACUUCUGAAUCCCUACAUGCUGCAUCACCCGACAUGUUGCCCUCGAGCUACUCCCUCCCCUCUCUCUUUCCCUCCCCCCCCCCCUCCCCCCCCUCACUACUGAGUGCACUUUGAAUCAGGGAUGCUUUAGUUUGAAAACACAGACAAAAUGUGCACCGAGUGUGUGAUUUUUGGGGGGAAGAGCCGUUGUGUCCCUCCAUGGAGACCCCACAGUGAAGUUAAGUUUAUUAUUAUUGAUUUUUUUUUUUUUUUUUUUUUGAGUGAGGAGAUAUUUUGCACUUAAGCGUUUUGGGUUUUUUUUGACCGAGGAAGAGGAGGAGGUUUCGUUUGCUUCCACCAGCCUUUCCUCCCCCUCCUCCCUCCUCCCUUUUCUUCUUCCUCCCUGACUCUCCAUCUUUGACAGGAAUUAUUGGAUGGUGUUCAGCAUGUGCAUAGGAUAGUGACUGAUGUGGGGCUCUGUUGGGGAACUUAGUCAUUUUAAAGAGCCAGAACCGACCUGGAGCAAAUCCCAAUUGAAACACUGCCUACGUGCUAAUUGAGAUUGGAGUAAUAACCAUGGGGUUCCUGAAAAUGUGAUUACGAUCGGUCUCAAAACAAUUGCUGAAUGAUGUCUUUCAAACAAACAUUUGAACACCACGACAACUCAAAGAGGAGGACGGGGGGGGGCAGGGUCAAUAUGCUUGCCAGUCAUUUGUUGUGUGAGAGCGAUAAAGUCCAGCUUUUCUCAUUUUCUAUGAGAACUCUAGUUAGUUGAAUUGAUAUGUACAUAUAUAAAUAUAUAUUAAAACUGUAAAAACAAAAUCAACUUCAGCAAAUGCUGUUUGACUUAAAAAAGAGAAUAAAAAAAAAAAAGAUGUCAAAACAUUUGAUUGGUAUUGAUGCAGAGGUUUAUAUUCUAUAUGAGGACAAAGUACUUUUAAAAUCCAGAGAAAAAAGUUGACUUGAGGCACCAUUUUUCUUCAGUUUUUCCUUGAUGAAUGACAUCCUUCUGUUAUGAGCAGAACAGCUGUUGAGUAUUAACGUUCUGAUUCUAUUUCUUGUUCAAGAAAAGGAAAAAAAAGUAUUUCCUUUCUAGAUAUUCAUCCAUCAUUUGAGACAGUUAAAUCCAGAUUUUUCCCACUGGCUAUUUUUGGCAUCUUGUAUACAUAAGGCUUUGGAUGAACAAUUUUUUUGUUCACCACUGCCUAAUAUUGCAUUCUACCAGUUAAGUUGGAAAUAUGUACAAUUCGUGCAAUAAACAAAAAGACAGUGCUCUUGAUG